AUGCCGGAAGAUGGCGAGGUUUCCGUUGUAAUUCACCAAGUCUUCAAUAAAAUCAAGGCCGAAGCGAAGAAGCUCGGAACGACGCCUCUAGCUUAUAUCCGGCUUUUCUCCAGGUGCUUUACCUUGGGUACAAAGAACAAGCCCUAUUCCAGUAUCUCUGUCCACAAUUCCCGCUACACUGAAUCACUCGAGCCUAUGGAUGACUAUGUUCCCAAUCAUUUUGACCUUCAGCGAGCCUCUAGGCAACCAUGGGCCUACCUCGUCAAUCGGAGAUUAUCUUCUGGGCAAAUAUGCUUGGCUAGACGAGGAAAAUGCCUGGCUAUAGGGGUGGGAUAUCAUCUUACCGUUUUUCACCUUGGCUUGGAGGCCAAGGUCACAAUCAUGUCUCAUGCCGACUAUACUAAGCUCAUCGAGAACGACUGCCCUGGCUCAAAUCCUGAUAGAACCAAGGCGUCCAGAAUGCGCUCUUUUGUGACACCCCCUCAGUUUAUUGAGCCUGGAUCAUCUUCAAAGGCGAAGCGAACGAUUAACGUCUUUGCGGCUAUUGUUGCUGAUACAUUUGCUAUUGUAUUCUCUGACUUUGCACGUCUUAUGCAUAUGCAUGUCAUCAGCAAGGAUCAACAUUGGACGCAGGCAGAUCUUGAUGUCGGGUCUCUGGAAUGGCCACUCAUCUGGACUACAUUUCCAGAUGGUCCGGAUUGGGUUCUUGAGCGAGAGGCUGCUCUGAUUGCUCUCGAUAACUGGCGUGAUGGGCACCUCGCUAAUGAUUUUUUGCACUAUGCUGCGAUUUUUCCAGGUGCACCUUGCAGCUGGAUAUGCUCAGAUGAUAUUCGUUUUGAGCGAUUCAAGCAACAGAUCUUGAAAUACACAGAGAUCUGGCGAUCCCCAGAGUUUCUGCGACGGUGUGCCAUGUCAACAAACUCUCCCAACCCCUUCGCCUUCAACACGACCUCUGACCGUAACUAUACAAAUGGCUAUAUCUGGGUGUUCAGAAAGGCUGCUGUCGAUAUACCGUGCGAUCUUUACAAUUUCUAUCUUCAAGAAGGACUGUUUGACAAGUCCCAUACCAUUGGUGAACCAUAUCAUUUUCAAGGAAAGCUUUGCGAUAAAAAAUUCAAGAGCCAAGUUCCUGUUUACUAUCAUUCUCACCUUGAUGCCUUUACGGUAAUUACGGCGAAAGUCCCAGAUGACUGGAAGGAUGGUCCUGUUGAACACUUUAUAGAUUUACGAGAUGCAGGUUACACAACAACGGUAGGACCAGCCCAGUUUUUUGAAUCCAAGCAAAACAAGAUAGACCCAGCCCACGCCUUAAAGGUUUGCAUCAGACGAGGUAGACCAGCCAAGAUUUCAGAUGGUCUUGGUAGGAAAAGGAAGACCCCUACUUAUCAGUCACUUGAGAAGAUGCAACCUUCCAAGAGAAGAAGGACCUCUCUUGAACACUGUGCAGACAAGGAAAAUACCGAACAACCCUUGACUUCCAGUGACACCACUACACUUCCACCAAGAAGGUCCAUCCGCUCACACAAAAUAUAA